GUGGUUUUGUUUUAGCUGCAGACAGAGACAGCGUGUUUGUCUUUAAACAUGUCUAAAGUGGAACUGUUGAGAUCGUUGGUGUGUGAGCGUCUAACUGCGGCUGCUGAAGAAAUAUUUGGACUGGUGGAAAGAACCAUAGCAGAGUAUGAAGAGGAACUUUGUCGGUCAAAUCAGGAGAACGAGCGACAGCGGAAACUACUGGACGCUGUUUUAAAACCUCAAGUUCGGGUGCACAGAGCAGUUGUAUCUGCAGACGUUCAGCAGGACCCAGAGCCACCACACAUUAAAGAAGAUCAGACACAACUCUGCAGCAGAUGGGAGGGAGAGCAGCUUCAUGGACCUGUCCCUGUGAAGAGUAAAGAUGAUGAAGAAGAAGCUCAAUCCUCACAGCUUCAUCAAAGAGAAAUUGAUGAGAACAGAGAAGAGACAGAGGUUUCAGCCUGUAGCUCAGCUCAACAGAUGGAAACAGAGAGUGAUGGGGAGAACUGUGGAGGACCAGAAGCAACCAGUAGCUUAGAUCCAGAUGGUUCUUUACAACCAGCUAAUGAUGAUGAGACUCCAGACUCUUCCAAACAAGCUGACACUGUGAAAUUAAAGGAGGCCCAGACAGGUGUAUCUGUCAAUCAACAAGCUGUAAAUGUCAGGACUUAUGACUGUUUUGAGCCUGAGGCUGAAAACAGGGCUGAUGACUUGAAGAAAACAAGGAAACUUCAGUCAGAGUUUAAAAAACUGACAAACAAGGGCAUUCCUGCAGGGGGUAGAGAAUGUAACACUGGCAAGAAGUCUCUCAGCUGCUCUGAGUGUGGUAAAAUAUUUGAACCCAAGACCUGCGGUCCUCCAGGAGUGAAACCAUUUGUUUGCUCAGUUUGUGUCCAAAGAUCCACACAGAGUGCACAUUUCAUCACACAGAAGAGAACUCAUUCAAGGGAAAAAACCUUUAAAUGUUCAGUCUGUAACAAACAAUUUAGCUAUAAGUGUGAUGCUGUGAGACAUAUCAGGAUUCACACAGGAGAGAAACCCUUUAGCUGCUCAGUCUGUGAUAAAAGAUUCACACAGAGCACAGGUUUGGACACACACAUGAGAAUCCACACAGGAGAGAAGCCAUUCAGCUGCUCACUCUGUCCCAAACGCUUCACCCGGAGUGGUAUCCUGGCCAGACACAUGAGAGUUCAUACAGGAGAAAAACCAUACUGCUGCUCAGUGUGUAAUACAAGUUUUAGUCUGAGUCAGUCCUUGUUAAAACACAUGAGGAUACAUACAGGAGAGAAACCAUUCAGCUGCUCAGUUUGUGAUAAAACAUUUACACAAAAAGGACAUCUGACACAACACAUGACAAUCCACACAGGGGAGAAAUCAUUCAGUUGCUGUGUUUGUGGUAGAAAAUUCACCAGACAGUCGCGUGUGAAAAAUCACAAAUGUGUCACAAAGAGCUGCAGCAGUAAAUGAGACUGCGACUGAAUGGCCUACUGUCCGCCCAAAAUGGGUUUAGUCAUUGACAGGGCUCGGUACUCAAUAUCUUUAAGGUAAACCAAAUAGCAGAGAUGGGACCAAGUCACACAUGUGCAAGUCUCAAGUAAGUCUCAAGUCUUAACCUUCAAGUCUCAAGUAAGUCCCAAGUCAUUUUUUCUUGGGCAAGUCAAGUCAAGUCACAGGUUAUGUCAAGUCAAGUCAAGUCAAAUCAAGUCAAGUCAAGUCCUGUAAUAGGUCAAGUCAAGUCCAAGUCAAGUCACCUUAUUAUUGUAAUUUUACCUGCAGAAUCUGAUCUUAAUAAAGUGAAAAGACAAGAUAUAAGUAACUGUCAGUAAACAUUGACUUCAUUGCUGCAAUGUUUACUUUGCAGGGACGACCCCCAUGCGUGCGUGCACACACACACACACACACACACACACACACUAACCAAGGCAGCAGCCAAAAUCCCCCAUUUAGCUCAUUUAACCCUGUGUUGCUUGUUCAUAAAACGUACAGCCGGUCUUGUGAUGAACCGGUCGGAAUGUUCGCUCACGUUUUCUGGGGUUAAUGUUAGCAAAUAAAUUAAAAAACAA